AUGGCGAGUCCACCACUCGAAGACGACGACUCCCCUCCUCCAUACGUCGUCGGCAAUCAUAAUGACGCAGGUGAAAUUCUUCAACCUGUUAUUCUUGUGCUGACGGGCCAUUUCAUCCGCGCUCAGAGCGUUGGCGGUACUCCGCUCUACGAGCUAUCUCGGGAUAUCCGGACGUCUUCAACAAGUGAAGCUCAGCUUGCUCAGGUGUCGCUCGAACGCCUCAUACACAAUGUACGGGUAAGCGCCAACGGCACGCCUCGGGUGUUACACCGAAACAGGCACAUAUUCGAGCUGAAGCAUUUGCCGCCAGUCAUAUCCACCGGAUUUCCCUACUGCUUGGAGGCCACGUCGCGGCAUGCCCUAGGGAAUCUGGCGCUCAAGUCUCCCUCUUUCCCGCGGUCAACAUUCAAGAUCGUGAGGAUAAACGAAGAGAAGGGAGACGGGCUUCCAAAAGGCUAUAAAGCGAGGAAGGAGUCGCUAAAGGGAGGCGAAAUGAUCUUCGAGAUAGUCAGGAAGCGCGGUCAUUAUGAGUGGAUGAGCCCCGAAGGAAACCGCAUCGCGGUAGAAGACGAAACGGACGGCAAUCAUAGAUUGAUAGUCACAGCGCCCGUGAUGAGAAGGACGAUGGAUGCCAUGAUGGGUAGCUGGUGCUUGCGAAUUUGGCGUGAUAGUAUAAAAUCGAAUCACCAGCCUCGGAAGCCACCGCGCGUGAAAUUCUUCCAAGGUGGUGGUGAACAGCGCGAUAUGACCGGUUGGUGUUGA